CAUCUCUCUUUAUUCACACAAUCCCUUCUUUUCCAGUCAUUAAAUAGUAGUGCAGAGAAAUUAUCAGUUAAAAAAAGAAGAAGUCUCAAUUAAGCCAAUAGAAUUCUCGAUUAACCAGAAGAUGAAGAGCAGAAGUAAAUUAGUAGGACAAAGAUGGUGGAGCAUAGGUUUACCUUCUGUAUUUCUCCUUUGUCUUUUCUUCUUCCUCGUAGGUUUAUUUGGUUCUACUCUCAUCUCUCACCAGGAUGUAAAAGUACCUACUGUACGACCCCGGCCGAGGGUGCUUGAAUCUGUGGAAGAAUUUGAUCCUUUGCCCAAUGGCGAGACUGGGGAACAUUCCCUCACUUCCAUUCCCUUUCAGGUUUUAAGCUGGUUCCCGCGUGCAUUAUACUUUCCCAAUUUCGCAACUGUAGAACAAUGCCAAGGCAUUAUUAAGAUGGCAAAGGCAGAACUGAAACCAUCUUCAUUGGCUCUCCGCAAAGGAGAAACAGCAGAGAAUACCAAAGGAAUUAGAACAAGUUCUGGUAUGUUUAUCAGUGCAUCUGAAGACAAAACUGGAAUUUUGGAUCUCAUUGAGGAGAAAAUUGCAAGGGCGACUAUGAUCCCCAGGACACAUGGAGAGGCAUUUAAUGUGUUGCGGUAUGAAAUCGGCCAGAGUUAUCAUUCGCAUUAUGAUGCUUUCGAUCCUUCUCAAUAUGGUCCUCAGAAGAGCCAAAGGGUUGCAUCCUUCUUAUUGUAUUUAUCUGAUGUGGAAGAAGGUGGAGAAACUAUGUUCCCUUUCGAGAGUGGGCAGAACAUGGAUGCUAAUUAUGACUUCCGCAAGUGUAUUGGUCUGAAAGUGAAGCCGCGUAGAGGGGAUGGACUACUGUUCUACUCGCUGUUUCCAAAUGGUACAAUUGAUCCGACAUCUCUUCACGGGAGCUGUCCAGUGAUCAGAGGUGAAAAAUGGGUUGCGACAAAGUGGAUCAGGAAUCAGGAACAGGAUGAAUAAACGAGUACAUGUCUCGAAGUAUUGUUCAUAUAAUUCUUUGGUAAUUUAAUGUAACUUACUAGGAGUUUGAAACGAGUUUUGCAGUAAAUAUAUCUACAAGAGGUGCUUAUAUAGAUCUUUAUCAGUUGGCCCUUCA